AUGUUUUUAUAUAUGCUCCUCAUAACGCCGUCGAUACAGAGCACGAUUAUAAAAAUAAGUCAAAAUGAAAAAACGAAUGACAUAAUUUCCGCGGCAGCUGAUAUAGCCAACAGUAACUUUGAACACAGACGACAGACUAUAGUCAUUACCAGCGACGUAGAUGAAGGUGUUACCAGUACAUUCCUACAACAGUACCGUGGAAGUGUCGUGGUCGAAGCGAAAAUGGAAAAUAUUCCGAGACAAGUGGUAUUACUAAUACAAUCAUACUACUCUUUCGUGAAGCUAUCAGGGAUUCUAAAGCCAGAUCUCAAAGGAAAAUCUAUCUUACACAGUGGCGCAAAGUUUCUGAUCGUUCUUUUCUCAUAUCCAAGUAGACUUGAACAGAUUUACAGUCUUCUAUGGGAUUUUUAUGCUACAAAUGUCGUUAUCAUUGUUAAAACAUCUGGUAAGGUAGCUUUAUACACAUAUUAUCCUUACAAGAAUCCAUCAGACUGUGCAAACGUAGCGCCCACUUUUAUAGGGACUUGGACCAAAAUUACUACAGGCUCACAAGAACUAUAUCCUGAUAAAAUGUCAAAUAUGAACGGUUGUCCGCUAUACAUAUCGACAACGAAAGUAUACCACCCCGCAACAGAAAAGAAGAUUCCGUUGCAGAUAAUCAAAAGGUCGAUACACGAAUUGCUGAAAAACAUAAUGAAUUUUACAUCUGUGAUUAUAAAUAGGAGGUACAUCAGCAUUGAUUCUGACAGCGCAACGAAUUGGUCUGAAUCUCUCAGCGAUGUUAUAACUGGUACAGCCAAUAUUUCCACUUCCACUGUUGCACUGGGAUUUGAUAAGGUGAGUCUCCUAGAUUUCUCUGUUACAUACUUUAGGAUACGUCUCGCAUGGAUAGCACCACCUCCUUCAGUCAGACCAGCGCUGUGGAAGCUUCUAGUGCCACUUAAUGGUUAUCUAUGGCUUAUUCUUCUAGUUGUGACAUUCUUUGUUAAGUCUGUACCAUAUGCCUUAAGAGCGAAACACGUAAGAGCGUUCAGCUUUCGCAAUUUCAAAGGUUUUGGAAAACUCCAAGGAAUCACCAUGAGAACGUGGGGCGUUUUAAUGGGACAACCAGUUAAGGUUUCACCAAGAAGGUUCCGAGAUUUCUACAUAAUCGGCUUGUGGCUUUGGUUCACGUUCUUUAUUAGAAGUGCUUAUCAGAGCGUGCUAAUUGGUGCAUUAAAAACGGACACAACGCUUGGGACUUUCACCAAUUUACAAGAAGCUGUGGACGAUGGGUUCAGCUAUGGAGGUAGAUUGGGCGUCUUGGGGUACUUCGAGCAUGAUCCGCUCGUACGAAAUGGUUUCCAAGUUAUUUCGGAGUCGGAAUACGAACAGACGUUCCGAGAUAUUUUAAAUAGCAAGAAGAAAUUCAUCAUGGCCACGUCCUUGGAAUAUGCCUGGACUUUGUGUUCCGCAGAGGCAAUAACCGAGGAAGAAUGUGGCUAUGUACUCCCUGACUCCAUUUUGGUGGUGCCUCUAGUCGUUUGGAUGCAGAAGAGCUCUUCAUUUGUUAAGCCCUUGUCAGUGUGGUUACCGCGACUUAUAGAAAGUGGUUUAUUGGAGAAAGAUUCGCUUCAAAAGCCAUUGAAGGAUGUAAAAAUGCCGGAUCAGUCACCGCUGACUAACAAACAGGCUAUCAGCUGUUUCCUCUUUCUCUUAAUAGGUUAUUUUUUAUCUAUAGUCGUAUUCGCUUGCGAGCUUUUCAAUAAGAGGUCUAGUAGUUUUCGCAAGUUUUAUCAAAUCGUUAUUUCCGGCCAGUCAAAUUAA